AUGACAAUAGUGACAACCAAUGUGGUACCAAGUCAAGCAAUAGGGACGAGUACUCAAGAAGCAAUGGUUGCUCCAAAGCAGAUUGAACCGAUUUGUGGCCUCUCAAGUAAACAUCAGCCUCCAGAAUUUAGCAGCACUAAUGAUCCAAUAGUAGCAGAACAAUGGAUCAAGUUGGUGGAGAAAGCUACUGCUCUAUUUCCUAUGAUAGAUCAAGAGAAGAUCCCGUAUGCUACGUACCUAUUGAGAGGAGAUGCUAUGACAUGGUGGGAGCUUAUGGAGCAGACUCAAGAUACUACCACUCUCACUUGGUCAGGGUUCAAGGAAUUGUUUGAGGAGCAGUACCGGACAGCGGACAUGAUAUCCUCUAAACUACAAGAGUUUAUUAGUCUGCAACAAGGAAAUAUGACGGUCAAAAAGUAUUCAAUCAAGUUUAACUCCUUGGCUAAGUUUGCAUCAAUACUAGUCAGUACACCACAGACCCAAUUGGAGAGAUUUGUAGGUGGACUUCAUCCUACUAUCACCAGAGAUGUUAUGUCAAGUCAUCAGCCCUCCCAAACAUAUAGUGAAGCACUCGCCAGAGCCAUCAAAGCAGAGGUGUACUAA